AUGUCUUCUGUGUGGUUGGCGACUGACGUAUCUGCUACUACUGGACAAGCUGCACGGAAAGAGGGUGAGUCAGGUGGUCCAGGUUCUAAAGGUACUUGUCCUUCUGCUGGAGGAGAAAAGGACGUUACUUGUCCUUCUGAGAAUUCUGAUACUUCUUGUUCUUCUGAACUUCAUGAUUCUACUGAUGGUCGUACUUGUCCUCAACCCGAAGUGGAAAAGCGGAAUACAAACGUCCCCGGUGAACAGGGUCCUACCGGUCAUGCUACUGCUCCUCAUGAUCCCCAAGGCGAACGAAGUCUUCCGGUUCAAGUGUCUUUGGAGUCGAGUUCUUCUGGUCUAGGACAUACUGAUCAAUUGUCAGAGACGUUAAGAGAUCAGCAUACAGGAAAUGGUUUGAAUGACCGAACAUCUGUGGGAAGUGUCAGCAAUGGUAAGAACGCUGAACCAGACAAAAACGAGCAGGAACAAGAUGAACACUUAAGGAAUACUGCCAACGGAGAACAGCGUCCUCCCGCUGGAGAUAGCAAAAAAGCCGAUACAUCUGUUUCCCAAACUAAUGUAAGCAGUACUACACCAUCAAGAGAAGAAACUGCUGGUGGUUCGCAAUCAGAAGAACCUUCAGCUCCCACACCC